AAAGAGAAAAAGAAAAUCCCCUCCCAGGUUCUUCUAUCUACGCCGGCGGCGUCCCUCCCCUCCCUCUCUUCUCACCCCAUCGCCGCCACCCUCUGACCAACUCCCGAUCCAGCGAGCGAGCGUCGCGCAUCCGCCUCCACGCGAUAAGCCCCGCCGGCCGACGACGAGCCCCAACGGCGGCGCGGCCAGGGUUUCCUCGAGCCCACGCCGUCGCCCGCCGACAAGGCCCAAAACCGCCGAACCCCGACGCUGCCAACCUCCGGCCGUCGUUUCCUCCAUCCGCAACUGUUUGUACACCGAGGCAGCCUCCGCCGCGCACUUCCGCCCACAACCUCCUCCCAUCCAAGCACAGCGGGCCGACGACCCCCAUCUCCUGUCCCAAAGGCACUAGAACGCAGGUUAACUAUCAUAGUGAAGACUGAAGAGCCUCUUUAGCAUGCCAAUCAUUCACAAAACUUAGCAAGUGGUGUUGAAUAUGUCAAGAUAGGAAUCAAGCCAUCGGUCCAGGCGUGUUAACAUGUUAAGGACAACGAACUCCUGAUUACACAUAUACGUUGCACAUGCUAGCUGGCAAUAUGAACAACGACAAUAUUAUUGACUUGAUCUCAGAUAGUGAUGAUGAUUUUGACCAGCAGACAGCUUCUACAAUCACAAGUUUUGGUCAGAAUGGUGAAGGGCUUGUUCCAAUCAGUUUUGAGGAUGAGGAUUGGCAGAGGGGUGCUCCUGCCCCAUCUUCUUCAAGGCAUACUCAUAACAAUAAUGGUCAAUACAGGACUCUACCACCAUCUUUUACAAAUGGUAGACCUACGGAGAGUGCUCGUUAUACAUUUGGUUCAGGGGACAUGACUCGUCCCCAUCCUUCUUAUAUGGCUGCGCGACAUGAUUCUGCAAGGGGCCUUUCUGUUUCGAACAGAGUUGACAGUGUAGGGGAAAAACACGCCAGUUCCGCUGCAGAUGCAAAUGACAACAGCAAGAGGGUUCUUCCAUCUUCUUUUUCCAAUGGCAACACAUCAAAAUUUACAGGUGCAAAUGUUGCUAGUGCGACACGCAAGCUCCCACCACUUUCUACUGAUAGAAACUCACAAAAUUUGGGUGAAAACAGAAUGGGAACAAAUAUGACCAAUGGAAAUGUGCAUCCUUCAUCUUCAAGGAUGGCAAUAGGAAGUUUUAGUGCGAGCAAUACCCAGAGAGAGAAUGAUGAUGAUGAUGUUAUUGUUUAUGGAGGCCCUAGCUCACAUAGGGUACUGCCUUCAUCGUUUGGUGUCAGCAAUUCUAAUAACAGUGAAGUUAACGGCUUUGGUGCACAAGGUCGCCUGAAUCCAGAAAAUAGGAUUUUGGAUUCUGAUGAGAGAGCAGUAUAUCAGGAAGCCCUGCAGCAUAUUAGUCGGGAAAAAAGGGAAGAUGAUCUGCCUGAGGGAGUGCUAACAGUACCUCUCCUUAAGCAUCAGAAAAUGGCAUUAGCUUGGAUGGUUUCAAAGGAGAAUAGCUCACAUUGUGCUGGUGGGAUUCUUGCAGAUGACCAGGGCCUUGGCAAAACUGUGUCUACUAUUGCCCUUAUACAAAAGGAGAGGAGUCAACAAUCUAAGUUCAUGUCUGUUGAUUCGGAUCGUUUGAAAUCUGAAGCACUAAAUCUUGAUGAAGAUGAUGAAGGAGAACAAACUGUGAAUGAUGAACCCAAGAAGGACCAAGGGGUUAUUUCAUUGUCAACAGCUGCUGGCACUAGUAGUGUUGUGCCAUGUGUCAGUCAACCCAAUAAUGUUCUGGAUAAAAUGGACGAAAGCAAAGUUGAACGCAAAAAGAAGGCUAAAGCAUGCACAUCAUCUGUAUCCACCACGCGGUCCAUGACAAGGCCGGCUGCAGGUACUCUAGUAGUAUGCCCUGCUAGCGUUCUUAAGCAGUGGGCUAAUGAAUUGACUGACAAGGUUAGUGAAAGUGCUAAAUUAUCUGUUCUAGUCUACCAUGGUGGUUUGAGGACCAAAGAUCCAAGUGAGCUGGCAAAAUACGAUGUGGUUGUGACUACAUAUACAAUUGUGGCCAAUGAAGUACCUAAACAGAUCGCUGAUGAUGACUCAGAUCAAAAGAACAGUGAAGAACCUUCAGCUGGCAAUAAAAGAAAACCACCAUCAAAUGCAAAGAGCAAGUCUAAGAAAAAGAAGAAGAGACUUGACUCAGACUUUGACCUUGACAGUGGCCCAAUUGCGAGGGUACGGUGGUUUAGGGUUGUGCUUGAUGAAGCUCAGACAAUAAAAAACUACCGAACUAUAGUGGCCAGAGCAUGUUGUGGGCUAAGAGCAAAAAGGAGAUGGUGCCUAUCAGGAACACCUAUACAAAAUGCAAUUGAUGAACUGUUCAGCUAUUUUCGUUUCUUGAAAUAUGAUCCAUAUUCCACAUUUAACUCAUUUUGCACAAUGAUAAAGCACCCAAUUGCCAGAGAUGCAGUUCUUGGGUAUAAGAAACUUCAAGCUGUGUUGAGGGUGGUUCUCCUGCGUCGUACAAAAGAAACUCUGAUUAAUGGAGUACCAAUCAUAAAUUUACCUCCGAAGACAAUUAAUCUGAAUAAAGUAGAUUUCUCACAUGAGGAGCGGUCCUUCUAUUUGACACUGGAAGAACGUUCUCGGCAACAGUUCAAGGCAUUCGCUGCGGCUGGGACACUCAAACAAAACUAUGCAAACAUCCUUUUAAUGUUGUUACGGCUUCGGCAAGCCUGUGAUCAUCCUCUUCUUGUGAAGGGUAAUCAGUCAGAAUAUGGAGGUGAUGGUUCUAUAGAAAUGGCAAAGCAACUUCCAAAGGAAAUGGUGAUAGAUUUGCUUGCAAAAGUGGAAGUGGGAUCUGCGCUUUGUACCUUAUGCAAUGACCCACCUGAGGAUGCUGUUGUGACGAUUUGUGGUCAUGUUUUCUGCUAUCAAUGUAUACAUGAACGGAUAACUACUGAUGAGAAUAUGUGUCCUGCCCCUAAUUGCAGUAAGACAUUAAGUCUUGAAUCAUUAUUUUCAUCAGGUGCAUUAAGGAUUUGCAUCUCUGGCAAAUCUAGUUCUGCAGGAUCAAGUUCAUCAGCAGAUAAUGAGUCAUCUUCAAUCAGUCAAAGCAGCUACGUCUCCUCCAAGAUACAAGCAGCCAUUGAUAUACUAAAUUCUAUCAUCAACACAGAUGCCCUUACUGAAAGUGAUACUGUGGAAUCAAAUCGAAGUCGAGUAGCCCCAGCGAAAGCGAUUGUCUUCUCUCAGUGGACUGGCAUGUUGGAUUUGCUGGAGCUUUCACUGAAUACCAAUCUUAUACAGUACAGGAGACUAGAUGGAACGAUGUCUCUCAACUUAAGAGAUAAAGCAGUGAAGGAUUUUAACACUGACCCAGAGGUCAGAGUUAUGAUUAUGUCACUGAAAGCAGGUAAUCUUGGUCUCAACAUGGUUGCUGCUUGCCACGUAAUUCUCCUUGAUCUCUGGUGGAACCCUUAUGCCGAGGACCAGGCAGUGGAUAGGGCACAUAGAAUUGGGCAGACUCGUCCUGUCACUGUAUCUCGCUUGACUGUUAAAGACACAGUGGAAGAUCGUAUUUUAGCGUUACAGGAGGAAAAGAGAGCUAUGGUCAGCUCUGCUUUCGGCGAAGACAAAUCCGGUGGCCACACGACUCGGCUCACUGUGGAAGACUUGCGGUACCUAUUUAAGAUAUAAUUUGGAGGGACUCUUCGAUGCCUCUGGUGACAGACGACUGACGGCAUUCUGUACCCUGUAAUCUUAUUAAUCUGGCAAGCGACACUUGUGUCACCUUGGAGCUGAGGCACCGUGGCCUGUGGGUCCAUAUCUCCUCCCCCGCCCCCUGCCACAGCUCCAGUUUUGCCCUGCUCAGAUGGCUAGAUGUGUAAUUUUUGAGCUAGAUAGGCUGUGUAAUAUAACCCCCAGGCUUGUAGGAGAGUUCUGCUAUGCUGUCCCAUUCUCCCGGUGAUAAGUCUGGAGGACCAGCCCGGUGUGUAUAUAUUCACCUAUAGUGUUGCUAACUCGCUGUGCUGUUUUAACUUGGAGAAAUGCUUGCUGUACUGCAGCUACACCAACCGGCAGUGAGAGGUCCUUUUGUACAGUAAAUUUUGUUCCAUUUGCCA